CCCGGUGAACCGCCUCCAGGGAGCUCGGCGGCGCCUUCCCCCACCCGCCCAAGCGGCGCAGAAGAUAACGAAAUCGUGGGGAAAGCAGAAGAUUUGUUACCAUGCAAGAUUUGUGGGAGGACUUUUUUCCCAAAUGCAUUAAGAAAACAUGUCCCCAUUUGCCAAAAAUCUGCUAAUAGAAAAAGGAAAACAUUUGAUUCCAGCAGACAAAGAGCUGAAGGGACUGAUAUUCCGACCGUAAAACCUCUGAAGCCACGGCCAGAGCCCGCAAAGAAGCCAUCAAACUGGAGACGAAAGCAUGAGGAGCUCCUAGCAGCUAUACGAGCAGCCAAAGGAGUUGAUCAGGUUCUUAAAGAAGGUGGAAAACUUCCUCCUCCUCCACCACCUACAUAUGAUCCUGAUUAUAUCCAGUGCCCUUAUUGCCAGAGAAGAUUUAAUGAAAGUGCAGCUGACCGACACAUCAGUUUCUGCAAGGAGCAAGCAGCACGUAUUACUAAUAAAGGAAAAGUAGUUACUGAUAUUAAAGGGAAGCUUCCUACUCGAACACAGUACAAGCUGCCAGCAGUAAAGAAGAUGCCUUCCACUGGAAUAACACCACCUGCCUCAUCACGCUUACCCCAACCAAGUACACCUGCAAAUAAAAUACCAUCUCAAAGUGUGCCCAUGGGAAGCAAAAUCCAGAGUUCCUCUCCAGCUCAUAAAAAUUUGGCAAGGAAUAGCCCACAAUCAGGAGGGUCUCUGAAGUCACGGACAGUAGCACCUGGCAAUGCGACACGGAAUUCUACUAUUGGUAUGAUGGCAAACAAGAGAAAAGCACACAGUUCUGAAAGCUACUUGAACAGAACUGGAUAUGACAGUGGAGACUGUUCAUCUUCUGUCAACGGUGGAAGUUCAAAAAGCAGUGAGGGAAAUUCACCUGCACAGUUACCAAAAUUCUGCUAUGAAUGCGGCGCCAAAUACCCAGUUGAGUCUGCAAAAUUCUGCUGUGAAUGUGGAGUUCGGCGAAUGGUUUUGUGAAUGCCUUCUCUCCAGCAGGAUAAAAGAUAGCCAGCUUCUCUGAUUGCUGUGGCUGCAUGGAAAUCUGUGCUGCACCUUCCCACUGGUACUCGUGCUUAAACACCAUAAUAAUUUUCCAAGAGCAAUUCUUUUUGGUUGCAAAGUAAUUUAUAUAGGUAUAUAAAUGUAAUGUAUAUAAGUGGUAGGUCCCUAAAACUGUGCCAUUCAAGAAGGUUUUCUUGAGACACUGUUGGAAAUACCUUUAAUGGAUCAAAAUAUUGACUCAAGAAGUAGAAAUGAUUUUGUAAUCCUGUUUUGUAUUAUAGUUACAUAUUGUUCUCUUGCCAUUCACCCAUAAUGUUUGCCCUGGAUAUUUUGGUCUAAAGAAACUGUUCUGAUAUAUAAUUCAGCUUAAACUGAGAACAUUGACUGAUGGUCUUGUAAGUCAGCUGACCACUAGUUGAGUUGGUCCUUACAAAUUUUUAUUAACAAUUGAAAUAGCUUCAGUUCAGGUUAGCUGAUCCCUUUAACUGUAUUAUUCUAGCAGACUGGUUAGUGUUUUAGAACUGCAUCUAGAACCAUUACUAUGACAUUUGUAUGCGUAUUUCGCUCUUGGUGCCGUGUAAGAUUUCUUCUUGCCAUUUUUCACAUACCCUUUUAAAAUCAAAGUUUAAAUUCAACUCUUAGGAUUCUAGCUUCUUAUCUUCUCCUAACACAGCAAACAUAAAACAAGUGGAAAUGUAUGUCUGGUGUGGCCUCCCUUCUUUGCCCUUUCAUAGCAAUAUAAAUAGUUUUUAAUUGUGGUCACAGAAAAAUAAAUUUAAUGCUAGGUCUUCAAAUUCACUUUUUUGGGGGGCAGCAUCUUUGUUGCUGAAGCCAACACAAAAGCACUUGUUUCAAACAAAGCAUAGUACUAAAGCUCUUAACCUGCAUCACUUUUGUAUGUUUCCAUUUUCACAGCCAUUUUUUUCCUGUGAGUUAUAGAGAUGAGUUCUAUAAUAUUUAAUUGUGCCUUUCCCAAAAAGUAGCAUGCUCUUUUAAAGUUUCAAACUGCUGUUUUAAGCCAUUGUUGCUGCAAGUACAGUAUUAUUAAUUACAGUUUCAACUGUCAACAAGAUACUUGGCAACAUUUGCUCUCACAAUCAUUUUUACUUCAUCUUAAAGCUUAUAUUCAAUGUUUUUAAAAAAGAACACACCAUGUGACUAAUGGCAAGCAGAAAAACCUUUAUGUGAUCAUGUUCCUCCCCCUACCGCCUAGUACACUUGAUGAUGGCAAAUUGCAGCUCCUAAAUAGUUGGAAUUUAAAAGGUCAUUGGUGUGGACCUGUUUGUGGCUCCUGAAUCUUUCUUAACCAUUUUAAGUGUGGUGCCCCAAUUUUUUUCACCCAGUUUUAAUUCUAGAGAAUUGCCUGGUGCUCUGACUUUGUAUAAUGUCAGUGGAUGUAUCUGUAGUAGCUAUAUAUAAGAUAACUCAACCCAUACUAGAAGCAAGUGGCCAAGAUGUGUAUAGGGCAUGCACACAUUUCCUAUAUUUCUUUUUUGAUGCAUUCUAUCUGAAUAUAUUUAAAUCGUGGUAUCAUUUCAGUUUCUCUACCACUCAUAUUACAAAAUUUGCAUUCUAUACACAUACAUAGCAUUUAUAUUUCAAUUGUAGGAGGAUGGACAAAGUACAGAAUUCUAGUGGCUGCACCUUUGAAGUUUGGAUUUUUUGUUAGUCGGCCAAACAGAUUAUAUUGCUUCCUGAUAAAAACUCUAUGAGAUGUAUAGUAAGUCUAACAUAGGAAGAUUACUAUAUGAGUUGUUUUUGAAUCUGAAGUCAUCAUUUUAAGAUCAUAUUUGGGGUGAUUCUUUUAUAUGGGCUUGAGUGUAGUAGAAAUUUUUUUAUGGAUCCUAAACACUCAUGAAAAUUGACAUUAGUGGAAGACUUCAUCUCUUGUUCACCAUUUGGUUUCCAGAAAACUUUUCAGGCUUUUCAUUGCCAAGGAAACCAGGUGAAUCAACGUUAUUCCUAGCAUCUAUCCACACCUAGGAUGUAACUCAAAUAAUCAAUGUGAGUUUUGCCAUUAAUUUCAGAUAAAAGAGUGCACCCUUAAUUCAGGACAUCUGAUAGUCCAGAGAGGGUAUCACACCCAUUCCCAAGCCGCCCAUGCCGUCAAUAUUGUUUGUAUAUAUGAAAGCUAUUUAAAAUACAUGGUCUUUCUCAUAAUAAUUAUUGGCUAGAAUCCUGUAGAUGAUUUAUGCUUGCAUAAUUUUGUGAUGAGAAAUUGCUGCUCAUUAAUGCAGUGCUGCCAUGAUCUGGAUUGCACAGUUGGGCACUCAUUGUUAAUGAUAAGCAGUUUGCUGUCACAUUCUACAGAGCUUCCCACAUGGAAGUGUAAAUUGGCAAUAGAAUUCCAGUUAAUAUCUAAUUUGUUUCUCCUAUUAAAUAUUUGAACAUUAUGUUUAGCAGGUUACUUUAUAUUAUGCCAAUAAUAACCAUCACAGAAAGACAAGUUCAUUGCAUUAAGAUUUUGCUCAGGGUUGCUUCAUGUCACAGGGAUCAAUUUCCAUGUUUGAAAAAUGUCUGCUUUCAUAAAGAGAGUAGAGUGGCACAGUGAUCAUCAGUCUUUGCAUAUGAAAGGCUGAUGUAAAUUCAUUGAUGGAAAUUGAGCUACAUAUGCUUUGUUUCAAAUGUUAGGUAAUUCAUCGAGAGUUCACAAAUAUCUUCAUUCACCAAAGACCCAUUGUAUUUGUUAUAUAAAUGUUUUAUUUCUAUAGAUGCUUUGUUAUAGCCAACAAAUUAUUCUGAAUUCUUAUUGCAGCUGCUUGGAAACAUCACUAUAUUAUAUCCUUGGUUUUAGUUUCAUUCUUUUUUACUAGCAAUUCUAAUUUUUGUUCAAUAGUUAGUGGGGUUUUUUCUUUAUUCUGAAUGAUCAGUUCAUUUGCAAAUGCAGUUUGUAAAUGCUUGCUAAAUGUUAUCUAGUGCUUUGUUAACAAUAAAGCAAAUGUUGCAUACAGGA